GUUCAUUCUCCUGCUACUCUCCUCAGUAGGAAGCAAGCCUUAGCAAUGUACGCACAAAGCACAAACAAGCGCCAGAAGACAAUCAACAGUCGAGAAACAGCUCGAAACUUGGAGGCCAAUGACUACUUUCCUGGGUUGAAUCGAGUAGAAUUUCAUGCAGAUGCUGCAUAUGAAGAUACACUUACAUAUCAGUAUUAUAAUGCCACUGAGCGAAUUCAUGGGAGAGCUAUGGAAGAUUGGCUUCGGCCAUGUAUUUCAUUCAGAAAUGCAUUCUGCCAUUCAGGUGGAGAUUACCCCUUAAAUUCAACACUCUGUAAAUCAUGGGAUGAUGGGUCUCAUACAGAAGAAAAUUACAAGCGGCGUUUGAAGGCAGCCUUUGAGCUUUAUUCCAAACUUGGUGUUAAAUAUUGGACACUGUAUGAUACUGAUAUUGCUCCAGAAGGAGACACUCUUGAAGAAACACAUCAUUUCAUAGAAGAGUCCACUCAAGUUAUACUUGAUCUACAACAGCGUACUGGUAUAAAACCACUUUGGGUUGCUGCUGACCUCAGGACCAAUUGCAGAUAUGUGAGUGGAGCUGUCACAAGCCCAGAGGCUUACAUAACUGGCUAUGCAGGAGCACAACUCAAGAAAGCUCUUGAUAUUGCACAUAAGUUGGGUGCAGAAAAUUUUCUUUUCAAGGGGUUUUAUGAGGGAUAUACUAGCAUACUAAACACAGACAUUCCUCGCGAACUACGCACCUAUUCACGUGUUUUGAAGAUGAUUGUAGAUUAUAAAGAAAGACUUGGAUAUAGAGGGCAGUUGCUUCUGGAACCAUGCUAUAAUUAUGAUAAUAGUAAAAACCAUGAUAAUUUUCUUCAACACAACUACAUACAUAGCAUCACAAGUGCACUGAGUUUCCUAAAACAUUAUAAUUUAGACCGACAUUAUAAGCUCAGUGUGCCCCCAGGAGAUCAGCUUUAUAUGGCAGCAGCGUAUGGAUUUUUGGGUUCAAUCGAUGCAACAAACUUGAAACAUCUUUCAGAUAUUUCUGAAGCCACAUUACUCUUCAAAACUGUGAUUGAACAGGGAGGAAUACAGCCUGGUGGCCUCAAUAUUGGAGUUUCGCUGGCCCGUGAAUCAACUGAAACCAAAGACCUCUUCAUAGCAUAUGUUCAACAAAUAGACAGAUUGGCAAGAGGUUUACGAAAUGCUGUGAAAAUAGUUGAAGAUGGUUUAUUUAACAAAAAUUUGCAGCAAAGAUACCUGAGUUUUCAUACGGGAUUUGGGAGUCGCAUAGCAAGUGGUGAAGCUACUCUUGAAGACUGUGAAGAUCAGGCUCGGAAAACUCAUGGUGAAACAGUGUUUACAUCUGGAAGGACAGAGCACUGGGAAGCUGUUUUCAAUAGAUAUGUGUAGUUUCAUAUAUCAGUUUUGAUGUUAGCAAUAUAGAUUUGUAAAAUCACAAGCUUGUUUCUUCUUUUACUAGUUCUCUAUCUUGAUGUUUACAAAAACUUAGCUAAAUAAAAUUAAAUUGGUAAAAAUUAA